GUCACAUGAUGUCUGACACCGUCGGUCCAGAAGUCGAGGCCGAGUCUCUCGAUGAUGAGGGGAUGCAAUCAUAUACAAUGAUCGUGAGGUGCCCACCUGACUACAUUUUCAUCGAUGGAACCUGUCUGAAAUUGUCCAACGAAACUAGUAAUUACACCGAAGCCUCAGACGCAUGUCUCAGUGAUGGAGCAGUGCUGGCUCAGAUGACGCCUAUCACAGUAUUUCACGAAAUAGUCAGGCGCAUGUUCAAUAAUGGCACCUCACCAGAAGGAUUCUUCUGGGUUGGCUCUACUGACACUGAGGAGGAAGGCACCUGGAGAUGGAAUGAUGGUACCCCGAUAAGUCCGUGGCUAACGGGAGAUCCCAAUGACCUCGGUGGGGAUGAGGACUGCCUCAGCCUCUACGUGUGGGCUGCAACUGGGGCCUUUUUCGUCGACUACGUUUGCAGAAACGACGGACGCUAUCUCUGCCAAACACAGCCACUUGGUUCUAACGCUUGCUAAAUCAGAUGACGGCUGUAUUCAUGGACAUGGAUCCACUGACAGAUAUUUUAAGUUGAACAAUAAUGACUUCACUUGGUCUCAGUAAUUGUGCAAGAAGUGGGAAUCCUUCGUCUCAUUCGAUUUAUUUCCGUAGCUACACUCACCUUGUCCUGAUUGGUGUCAAGAUGUUACAAUUUGACAAAUAUACAUUCUGACCACUGAGGUUUGCCAACAAUUUCAGA